CCAGAAGCUGGCCGAAGGCGGCGCGCCGGGGAGCGGGGCGGGGAGGGCCGCCGGGCCGGACGCAGCGCGCAGUCGGUACGGGGCGCGGCCGGGAGCCGGAGCGUGCAGGGCGGGCCGCUGCUGGAAGGAGCGCUUGAGCUGGGAGAGGAGGCCGAGCUGGAGGGCUGCUUUCCCCGGCCCUGCGACGGGGUCGCCGCCGCGGAGGCGAAGGAAACCGGGACAGCGGGGCUGUCCGGGCGCUGCGCGCAUGCUGGGCCUGGGACGCCGCCGGGGCUCGCGCCCUGGGCUGCUCGGCCGCCGCUGCCCCGGGCGCCCGGCAUGUCGGUGCACUACACCCUGAAUCUGCGCGUCUUCUGGCCCCUGGUGACUGGCCUGUGCACCGCCCUCGUGUGCCUCUACCAUGUCCUGCGGGGAAGCGGGGGCGCCCGGACCGAGCCCCCCGAAGGCGCGGACGGCGGCUUCCCGCUGCUCAAGGUGGCCGUCCUGCUGCUCCUCGGCUACAUCCUCCUGCGCUGUCGCCACGCUGUCCGGCAGCGCUUCCUGCCGGGGUCUCCCCGCCUGGGGGGCCACUCCGCCUUCUCUCCUAGACACUUACGAGAGCCCAGCCUCGACAUCUUGCUGGAGAGUUACUACGAGCACGAGGUGCGCCUGUCGCCGCACGUGCUGGGCCACAGCAAAGCACACGUGAGCCGGAUCGUGGGCGAGCUGGUGCGGGCUGGCCGCGCCCGAGGGUCCCCAGGCCCCAUCCCCGGGGGAGCGCUGGCCUUGGCCUUCCGCGGAGAUUUCAUCCAGGUAGGCAGCGCCUACGAGCAGCAUAAAAUCCGCCGGCCCGACGGCUUCGACGUGCUGGUGCCGCUGCGCCUCCCUCCCCUGGUGGCGCUGGAGGCGCGGAGCCUGGGCGCGGAGCCCGCGCUGGCCCCAGCCUUCCACGGCUGCUUCGUGUGCGCGCUCAAGGCGCCGCCAGGGGCUUCCGGGGGCCACUGGCUCCGGGACUGCAAAGCCUUCGCCGACGGCUUCUGCGUGGAUGUGCGCGGGCGGCGCCAUCUCUCGGCUCCGCUGGUACUGCGCUGGUUUCAGUCGCACCUGCAGCGCUCCCUGGCCACCGUGCGCUACAGCCUGGAGGGGCGUUGUCGGGUCAGCCUGACCCCAGGCGGCCUGGAGCAGCCCCCCACCCUACACGUCCUGCCCUGCCGCACCGAUUACGGCUGCUGCCGCCUUUCCAUGGCCGUGCGUCUCAUCCCUGCCGUCCACUUGGGCGACAGCGUCUUCCUGGUGGCCCCACCACCGCCACCCUCACCCGUCGGGCCCCUGUCGGAGCUCCCGGGAGGCCUGCGCGCCGAUGCACUGUGGGGUGUGAACACGGCGCGCCAGGAGCAGAAGCUGCUGAGCUGGCUGCAGGAAAGGGCCCCUCCAGGUGCCUGCUACCUCAAGUGCCUGCAGUUGCUUAAAGCUCUGCGAGACCUGGGCGCCCGCGGGCUGGACCCGACGGCCGCCACCCAGUGGGGACGCAUCCUAUCCUCAUAUGUGCUCAAGACAGUGCUGCUGGCGGCGCUGCUACGCCAGGGGGCUCCCGCACAAGGCUGGGACGAGGCGCACCUGGGCGAGCGCUUGGAAGACCUAGUACAGUUCCUCAGGGAUUGCCUGCUGCGACGCCGUACACUCUUCCACUGCGUCCUGGGCCCUGGAGGGGCGGCCGCCGAGGUGGGCCCACUGCCCAAGGUACUGCGCGAAGCCACCCCGGUUGACCUCCUGGCCACUUUCGACAGGCAGGCCCGGGAACUCGCGGCGGCGCGGCUGCUGUCCACGUGGCGAAGGCUGCCCCAGCUCCUCCGGGCCUAUGGGGGUCCCCGCUACCUUGCCAGGUGUCCCCCGCCCCGGAAUCAGCGCCCCCAGGUGUUCCCUGAAGAUGAACCGUAAACCCUGCCAGAGCCCCGACCUGGCCUGGUGCUCCUGAAGCCUCACCCACCAGGUGGGGGUGGGGAUGGCAGUGAAGCCAGUUUAAGGCAAGGAAGAUGACCUGCGGAAGGUGUUGGAACAUUCAGAGGAUGACAUUUGGUGGCUUCAGCAUCACCCCCUGGCUCCACAAUCCAGAUAGCUGUGGCAUCUUUUUCACGCCCACCAGGGUGUCCUGGGCAAGCUACGGAAAGACGUUCAACGUCAGCAGCUAAGAGUUGGUCCAAAUGUCGGUUUGUGUGGAAUGAUUCUGUAGACGGAUCCAGCUUUUAGGGAGGUUCAGUAAAGGAAGCAAAAACUAGCUGCAGGGAAAGUUCCCUCUGUCGGUUGUUUAGACAGAUCUCUCUGGCCCCCAAAUUUAAAGAAGCUAAUGUUUUUUGACACAGCUACUUGGUAGGUCCUGGGUUCCUGAUUGUCUUUGUAAAAAUCUGAAUCUUUAUCUACAACUGGAAUUGUAGUUCUAGAGGCUCAUGUUCUGAAGAACAUAGUUUCCACUGUUCAAAUUGAUAUUAAUGUAUUUUUUAAAGGGUCCCAUCACGGGUGUUUGACAGGAUUGUGAAGAAUUAAGUCACAGGUGUUGAAAGGCAGUCAAGAGUUGGUUAGUGAAACUUCCAGAGCAUGUAGCACUUUAUUUUGAUCAGUUCUUUCAUUUUGUGGUAAUUGCUAGUGCCAAGUGUGGCAUCUGAAAGGGAGGCCAGUUACAUUGACUAUUAAGAAAUGUGCAGUCUUGAGGAACAGGCUUGCUCAACAGCCCUCCAGGCACGCGCUGGGAUGUGCACCAGUCAGCGCUGAUUCAUUGAGCGCCUGCUGUGAGCCAGGCACAGUGCAGAGUGGCAACAGGAUACGUGCUUCAGACAGCACUGGUGAGGGCAUAAAACAUGUUGGGUCUCGAAAAAGAUGUAUUGAUAUUUCACUCUUUGCCUAGCAAGAUGUCUCGCCAGGGCUUGCUGCUGGCUGGAGACAGAAACCUUUUUUUUUGUUUUAAGUCUUUUUAGCAAACUCCUUUGCAUGGAGAUUUCUUUCUGAGUUUAAUGAGAUAAUGAAGAGGCAAUGCCUGCUUUCAGCCAAUGCUCAGUGAUCCUCCGUGGUUGGGAAGUUUUGCUCUCAUUGCCCAAGCAGCCUUUAAGUGGCCCGAAGCCCACCUUUGAGGAGUGGUUGAUUCAGCACAGGUCUUGCAAUGCAUUUCACUUAGAGUUCAGUAUCUUGGGCUCUGUGCUUGAAGAUCAGUUAUUUCCCAAUCAGCUGACAGAGGAGAAAGACAGCAGAAGAGGGCAAGUUAGGGGGAGAUGGAGGGCGACAGCCUUUGUCAGCUGUCUGUUCUUUCUUCUCUUUGGGCAUAAAUAUCACCAGGCUGGGUGUAUUUUGCAGCUAGCGCAUUCUGAAAUCCCUCCCUGUCCUCCCAAAUUUCUAACAGCUCUCAGUUGCAUCAGUCGACAUAAAACUCAGUUGAAGUUUAGAAUGGUCCAUCAUCUGCUGAAUAGAAAAUGCAGCCAGUCCCAGUGAUAUACUUUGGGAUUUUUUUAGCUUUGGGAUUUUUUUUUUUAACAGAGACUCUUAAAGGUAAAACUUGGAAGACAGAAGUAGCCACAUGAAUUGGGCCAUUGUUUAAUUUCUGAGCUAUUUUGAGGGAACUCUUUAAACUUUCUUUCUUUAGGGGACCUACUUGGCCACUGUGGGGAAACCGUGAAUAAAUGAUUUAUAGGGAAUCCUUCUCAUCAGAGCUGCAGAGAUUUCUUAUGUCCUUUGCAACCUUGGGGUGUAAGAGAAACAGUUGCAAAUGUUGUGCUGUCUCUUUGAGGUUGUUUGGGGACAUUUCCUCUUGAUACCACAAAGCCAUUCCUAGUUUUUGAGGUCAGUGUUAGGUCAUAAGGUACUGCAUUUAGCACCGGAAUCAGUCUACCGACUUCCUGCAAAGAUAUAAACUGCACAGUGUUUUUUAAAAUUAUUUUUAAAAUAAAUUCCAAGAGUAGGUAGAUCUUUAUAUAAAUAUAUAUUUAUAAUGUUUCCAUACUCAGCUACAAUUUCCCCUGUAGUUGGAGUGGGGGAAAGCGAGGCUAUUAGAGGGAUUAUAAAGCUUUAAAAGCUGAAUUUUCCAAAUAUUUCUAGCUGAGUUGAUAGGUUCCUCUUAUCUGAAUAGCAUUUUGAAGUUUGAAUCUGGUAACAUACAGUUCUUGUAGUUUCU